AUAAAGCUAGAACGACUGAUUUACUGUGAAACGCAUUAACAGCAGCAGUUGGUACAGUGCAGCCAUCUUGGAAUCCUGUGUGGUCGCUUCGAAUUUCCAGACCGGCACCGUGUGUGAUGUUCACUGUGUCACAGGAACUGCUAAUGUGAGGGUGAUGUGAUGACAAAUGAAGGAACUCUCUGUCAUUUGAUUUUGACUUAAAGAAAUAUGACUGUGCAUGUUUGUGCUUGGAAACAGGAAACUGAAGUUUGUAAAUCGCUCACUCUCCCACACCAAAGUCCUUAGAGAAAAUCAGAGAUUUUAGCUGCGGGGACACAGGAGCUGUUGGUCCUCUGCUGCCUCGUGUGGUCACUUUGUGUCACUGGGCAAUGUGAACCAAGGAUGUCAAACACUGAAGUGACAAAAUAUGACAUUUGAACUUAGUGAUGCAGGCACUUCUAGCUCUUGUUUGUACCCAAAUGUUGAAAUGCAUUUUUAGUAUGUCGCUUUGGAUAAAAGCUUCUGCUAAAUAACAUGUAAUGUAAAGCAGUGGAUCAACAACUCCUGUGUGCUGUGAUGUUAAAAUCACGGAUUUUCUCUGUGGACUUUGGUGUGGGAGAGUGAGUGCUUUACAAACAUAAGUAACACAUUCAAACUCAUUGAUGGAGACAAAUGUCACGUGACUUAUUUAUAUUAUUCCAUUUAAACCGUCACAAAUAUCAAUAAAGUUUAUGAAUCACGGAUUAAACGUAUAGAAACAAAUCAGCUUCACCCGUCCUGCUAAGCACCGCCCUUCCUCCUUACGUCAUCGGAGAAGCCACCAGUCAGACCACAGGGAGUGAAUGACGCCGAGGCGGAAGUGUGUUUGUUCACCUGCGGAAGAGAGGACGGAAAGGCUCGUGCAGUGAUCAAGGAGACGAUGACGGUGUCCUCUCCGCCGUAGUAUCCAUCGUCUCGGUGUCUCUCAGCAUCAGGAUGCAGAUCCUGGUGGCGAAGCUGCUCGGCCUGCUGGGAUUGUUCGGACUCAUGCUCACAGGAGUUCUGGUCCCAGUUCGCCUCCUGCUGGUUGACUAUGACAAGGCGCACAGGUACAGGAGAGCGUUGUCUCUCUGCAACUCGUUUGGAGGAGGCGUGUUCCUCGCCACAUGCUUCAACGCUCUGCUGCCCGCCGUCAGAGACAAGGUGGGCGAUGUGUUCCAGCAGCUGAAGAUCACCAGUGAUUACCCUCUGGCUGAGACGAUGAUGAUGCUCGGCUUCUUCCUCACUGUGUUUGUGGAACAGACCGUCCUCACCUUCAGGAAGGACAAACCGUCCUUCAUUGACCUGGAGACCUUCAAUGCCGGCGGCUCUGAGGCCGGCAGCGACUCAGAGUACGACACGCCCUUCAUCUCCUCAUCACGGGGCUCGGCAGCUGGCGGCGGUGGCGGUCACUCACACGCACACUUCAGUCCGGUAGAGCUGGCAGGAGCGGGGCCUCUGCGGCUGGCCAGCCUGGUCCUGGCUUUGUCGGCUCACUCGGUGUUCGAGGGCCUGGCGCUCGGUCUGCAGGAGGACGGAGCCAAACUGGGAAACCUCUACCUGGGUGUCGCCGUGCACGAGACACUCGCCGCUGUUGCCCUUGGCGUCAGCGUGGCCAAGGCGUCGCUGGGUUUAAGAGACGCCGCCAAGCUGGGCGUCACGGUCAGCCUGAUGAUCCCGCUGGGGACAGUGGUGGGCAUGGGCAUCGAGUCGACUCAGACGCUGGCAGGGAGCAUCGUCUCAGUGGUGCUGCAGGGAUUCGCCGCCGGCACCUUCCUCUUCGUCACCUUCUUUGAGAUUCUGUCCCGAGAGCUGGAGGACAAACAGGACCGUCUCCUCAAAGUCCUCUUCCUCAUCCUUGGGUACGCAGUGCUCGCCACGCUGGUCUUCAUCAAGUGGUGACCGACAGGAAGUGACUGAUGCACACAGCAAUACCAAAGGAAAACUCUUAAAGGAACAGUGCAUUCUGGGAAAUGUGUUCCUUCACCUUUGACCUGGACUCAGUGACAUCACAUGUGGGCGUGGCCAAGGGUGCAGCACAUUCAAACUGUUCAACAGUAAAAACAUGAACUUUAUUAACAUCGCUGAAUAUAAACGUCAGGUGGUUUCCAGUGAGCUGUUCCUAAUAUUAUGAUCAUCACAUAUAUAGUGAAACAUAGACGUGAUAGGUGUACCUAAUAAAGUGGCUUUUUUAAAGGUUGUAUUAAAGUUAUAGUUUAAAUGAUUCUGUUCAUGUUUUUAAUCUGGAAAAAAAUUCAUUCAUUCAUGUUUUCUGUGUUUGUUUAUGUUGUGUUGAAGAUUAAAUGGACAGUUAGUGUAAUAAAAAGAACACGUGAAGUCACUUUAA